AUGAAUUCGAGGUCAAAACGAAUGUUAGCGUUGAUGAAAAAUUAUGAUAAAGGUACGGAUGUAGAUCAAAGAAUAUUGGUUAAUAAUAACAAUGGUAUAGAAAAAUCAGAAGAGCAGUCAACACAUAUUACGGAAAAUGACAUUCAAGAACCACCAGUCAUAUACCAUCAAGACGAGACAAUUGCAGCAGAUUCCGUUCCUGAACAAAAUGAAGAUCCUUUUAUGCCUGUAGGUGAAAUGACUCCUAUUAGCGCAAUUGAUUUCCCUCCAUCAGAAACCUCACAGGUACAUAGUAACAUUAGAUCUCCAACGCCGUUGACUUCCAUUUUUAAUGCUUUACCAUCCCCAUUAACUGAAAAUAUCGACGGUUCUUCUCAAGUGUCUUUACCCAAUACUCCAGUAGCAUCCCCAGUUAAUAGAUAUGCAAAAUGUGAUGAUCCGUUUUGUUGCCAACAUGAAACUGGUGAUUUUUCCUGCCCUUCAGUAUCUACUAUUGGUACAAACUCUAACCAACCAUCUCCAUCGUGUUCAACUUUUUUAAAAAAACAGAGGGAAAAGGCGCACUCGAAAAUAUGA